GCUAAACUUUUCACUUAUCAAAAUUCAUAACUCUGACAUAACCUACAAUCAAUCACUUGUUUCUAUUUUACUACAACUUUACAGUAAUUAAAUAGUGUCAAAUUAAAUAAACAACCUCUACGUUUCCCUCAAAAGUGGAUACAUGGAAGGCGAUAUGAAACUUUUCAUAUUCAUUAUAAGUGUAGCAACUAGUACGUGAUUUUUGAUUCAAUAUUUCUGUUGAAGUGAAGUUGAGUGAUGAAUUUGAAAAAGUGGAUAAGAGUUAACCUCGGUGCAUGGUUUUUUAUCACUUGGUGGUCAAAACCUGACAUCGUACAAUGUUUUAGUUAGGCACGUUCGAUUACUUAUGUAGUUGAUAUCUUAUAUGUUAAAAACGAAACGACUUGUUUUCUAGGUUUUUAAAGGCUGUGUAGACUCAAUAUAUUACUAGAUAAGUUGAGAUUUGAAGCGAAAGGCACUGAAUUCAAGUCGCGGUGUUGACUUACUUACUCAUGUCUGUUACUCCCGAUGGAGCAUAGGCCGCCGACCAGCAUUCUCCAACCCACUCUGUCCUAAGCCUUCCAGUCUAGUUCUAUCCAAUUUUUGUUCAUUUUUCUCACGUCUGUCUCCAUUUCUCGAAGUAAUGUGUUCUUUGGUCUUCCACUUUUCCUUUGGCCUUGAGGAUUCCAUACAAAGGAUUGUCUUGUGAGUCAGUUGGGUGCUUUCCUCAAUGUGUGUCCUAUCCACUUCCAGCGCUUCUUCCUGAUUUCUUCCUUCGCUGGGAUCUGGUUUGUUCUCUCCGACAGUAGGUUGCUGCUGAUAGUGUCUGGCCAACGGAUCCAAAGUAUUUUGUGUAGAAGACUGUCAAUAAACACCUAUAUCUUCUGGAUGAUGGCUUCCGUAAUUCUCCAGGUUUCCGCCCCAUACAGUAGAACUGUGUUGACAUUUGUAUUGGAAAUUUUGACCUUGUUAUUGGUUGACAGUUGUUUUGAGUUCGAGAUGUUAUUCAGUUGUAAAUAUGUUGCUUUUGCUUUGCCGAUCCGCGUUUUCACUUCUCCAUUAGAUUCACUGCGUUCAUUAAUGAUGCUGCCCAGAUAUGUCAAGGUUUUUACAUCUCCCAAAUCUUCGUCAAGUGUUAUUCGAUUGUUGCAUGCUGUGUUGUAUCGGAGAAUCUUGCUUUUCCCUUUGUGUAUGUUGCGACGUACUACUGCUGAGGCUGCUGUCAAACUGGUCGUCUUCUGCAGUUGUUGUUGUGUGUGUUGACACUAACACUAAAAUAUAGAUAUGUCCAGAUGAUAUGCUCUAAAUGAAACGAAAUGGUUGUCCUUCAUUCUACUAUCAGCUAAUAUUUAACCGUAGAUUAGCAACAAUCCUAACGUAAAAUACCUCCACAAUUAUAACAGGAUAUCGAUUUUUAACUAACUGCGCUUCUGGUCAUAUUCACAGCAUAUUC